ACCAGUGAUUCCAAAAGAUGAUCACCUGGUUAUGUUUCUUCCACUGUUCCACAUGUAUGGACUUUGUGUGUGGAUUGUACAGCCAUUUUUUAGGGGCAACUCUUGUUAUCAUGAGGAAGUUUACACCUGAUGAUUAUCUGAGACUGAUAGAAAAAUACAAGCCAACCACCAUACAGACUGUACCACCUAUAAUGGUAAUGUUUGCUAAGUAUCCAAAAGUGUCAGAGUAUGAUUUAUCCUCGGUUAAGGGUGCAGUUUGCGGUGCUGCCCCACUUAGCAAGGAAAUAGAAGAUGUUGUAAAAACCAAGCUGAAACUACCCUGUAAUAACCAAG